GUUUGAACUUUUGAUACUUUGUAUAUAUAGUGUUCUCGUUAAAAUUGUGAUGCAUUUGCCGAACAAUCAUAGUUUAUCAAAAAUGACGGAUAUGUAUACAUCAUUACAAGAAAGUCUUCAAGAAUACCACGGCGAAUUAGUCCAAACUGGCAGCCCGGCUAUUUUGUGUAGUGUUUUACCGACUCAUUGGCGCUCAAACAAAAGUUUGCCGAUUGCUUUUAAAGUUGUAGCUCUGGACGAUGUUUCUGACGGAACUGUAGUGACCCUAAAAGCCGGUAAUGAUGAAAACUAUUGUGCCGAAUUAAGAAAUUGUACCGCCGUUAUGAAAAAUCAAGUAGCUAAAUUUAAUGACUUGAGGUUCGUUGGACGAUCUGGAAGAGGGAAAAGUUUUACGCUAACUAUCACCAUUAGUACAGCUCCUUACUAUCAAAUGGCUACCUAUUCCAAGGCCAUUAAGGUCACCGUUGAUGGACCUAGAGAACCAAGAACGAAAUCAAAUUACCAAUACGGAUAUGGUAUGCCUGGAUUGCCAGGAGGAUUCAAUCCUUUCCUGAUCAACCCUGGAUGGUUAGAUGCCGCUUACAUGUCCUACGCCUUUCCUGAUUACCUGCGAAGGUCUGCUGGUAUGCCACAGCAGCCGAAUAUACACACACCUCUAGUUAAAGGUUCGCCUUUAGCUCCGAACGUCCAAUCUCCUCACGACUUUUUCAUUCCUCCACCAGCAGCUCCUGCUGGACCCUUCCACGCCGGUGCUAACUUCCUACCUAGUGCAUUACCUCAAUUUUCCCAAGAACUGAACAAACUAUCCGGUUUCGACAUGCCUUUACGACCUGUGAUGCCUAGUCCUUUAGAUCAGAUGAGCCUGCGGCUAUCACCAGUCUCUAACAGUCAAUCAGUCAGUCCGCAGCUGUCGAGUGCCCAGGAAACCAAAAUACAUUCGACGGUGGAUCAAUCGUCGUCUUCGGAUAACUCCGAUGAUGAAGAUAUAGACGUUGUAAAGUCGGCUUUUGUGCCUAUCAAAUCAGCGAGUACGCUGCUCCAAGAAAUUCAACAUCCUGACUCAACGGUGCAAGACAAAGAGCCCUUAGUUGUUAAAAGUGAAGAGCCAGUUAGGACUGCUAAAAGUUCCUUAGUUAAUUUGAGUUCGCCUAAUACUAAGUUAAAUUCUCCUUCAGUUAAUUCAAUUAAAUCAGUGUGGAGGCCCUAUUAG